AUGGCCGAUGCGCCAGAUCCCAAACCGCUGAGUCCCCUCGACAAGGAGCAGCGACAAGGCUUGAAAGCCAUCCGGGAUUUCCUCCGCAAGCGAACCAGCUACGAUGUGCUCCCCCUAUCCUUCCGCCUCAUUGUGCUCGACACAGAUCUUCUCAUUAAGAAGAGUCUCAAUAUCCUGAUCCAGAACUCCAUUGUAUCUGCCCCUCUAUGGGAUUCGCACACCUCGCGCUUCGCCGGCAUCCUGACCGCGACCGAUUACAUCAAUGUGAUCCAGUAUCACUGCCAGUUCCCCGACGAGAUGAGCAAGCUGGAUCAAUUCCGCCUGGGCAGUUUGCGAGACAUUGAAAAAGCCAUUGGAGCGACUCCAAUUGAAUCCGCUUCCGUCCAUCCUUCGAGACCCCUGUACGAAGCGCUUCGACGCAUGCUCAAGACUCGGGCGCGAAGAAUCCCCCUCGUCGACGUCGAUGAAGAGACUGGCAGAGAGACCGUCAUCUCCGUCAUUACGCAAUACCGAAUCCUCAAGUUCAUCGCUGUCAACAACGAACACAACACAAUUCUGCUAAAGAAGACACUUCGCGAGAUCCAGUUGGGCAGCUACAAUGACCUGGUCGUUGCACGCAUGGGAACCACAGUCCUCGAGGUUAUCAACCUCAUGGUUAACGGGAACAUUAGUUGCGUGCCCAUUGUCGAUUCCGAAAACAGAGUUCUCAAUGCCUUUGAAGCCGUAGACAUUAUUCCGUGCAUCAAGGGCGGGGCUUACGACGAGUUAAACGGCAGCGUGGGCGAGGCGCUGUGCAAACGACCCGAAGACAACCCGGGCAUCUUCACAUGCAGUCAAGACGACAGGCUAGACUCCAUCUUUGACACGAUCCGCAAGAGCCGCGUCCACCGGUUGAUUGUUGUCGAUGAUGAGAAUAAGCUCAAGGGGGUGAUUUCGCUCUCCGACAUCCUCAAGUACGUGUUGCUUCACGGCGAAGAAGACGAGUAA